AUGUCUUCCACACAAUUAGUUUUAGAAUGCUUGGGAUGUGUAGUUACCUUCGACAGUAUAUGCAAUCUGAAUAAACAUACACGAAGCUGUCGGAUUGUACGUGCUCUUCAAACUAAAUUUCAAUGUUUACUAUGUAAUACUUAUGUAAGUGACGCGGCAUCACUAAAAACAUACGUUGAAGCUCCCGAAGGCAGUCAAAUAAUAUCAUGUCCAGUGUGUGGUGAACGUGGAUUUCCUGGUUUCAAUCGACUGAAUCAUCAUAUAACAACAGCUCAUGCUCAAUCGUCGUCACGUCUGCCGUUACCGCGAAUCACCAUUUGA